AUGUCUUCUGAUUCGAGCACCGCCCUGUAUUUACUCUCUAUCGGAGAUCGUUUAUACCAAACUGUUGGUUUAUUCAUAGUUGUCUAUAGUACAAUUGGCAAUUUAUGUAACUGUUUCGCUUUUCUGUGCAUUCCAGCAUUGAAUAAACAUCCCAAUGCGUUGUUCACGAUAGCUGCAUCAGUAGGAAGUUUGAUUUUCAUAGAUAUUGGUCUAUCAUCUGCUAUCAUUCGAGUAUGGAGUGAAAAUAAAGUAGCAGAUCAAUGGUUAUUUUGGUGUAAAAUAGGCACUUGGUUGACCUAUUUCAGUGGCUGUUUUAGUUUUAUGUGUACCUGUUUUGUAACAUUAGGCCAAUAUCUUAUCACUUCACCUAAACUUCAAUGGCAACGACUGAUUACACGCUUUCGCGCAAAACUAAUGAUUUGUUUUGCAGGCAUCUUUUGGCCUCUGGUCUUUAUACCUUUACCUAUUUAUUAUAAACAUACUUAUACUUCAUUACAUACGUGUAUAUGUACAAGUUCUCUUCCUGUCAUCAUUACAUAUGGUAAUUAUUGCAUCAUCAUCGGUUAUUACUUUUUACCAGUGGCAUUCAUCUUUGUAUUCUUCUGCUUAACUUGGUUCAACUUGCGACAAUUGUUAAGACGUCGAAAAAAGUUGGAAACUGUCGUAACUCGGAUGAUGCUCAUUCAAAUGAGUAUUUUACUAAUGAAUGGUAUACCUUCAGGAAUCUAUUUUUGUUACAUUUUAAUCACACAAUAUUCCAAGAGGACACUUCUACAAGCAGUUUAUGAACACCUUAUCAUGCUGGUUCUCACGAUGUUUACGUUUUUGACGAAUGGACUCUCGUUUUGGGUAUACUGCGCAGUUUCCAAAACAUUUCGAAAACAUUUGACAGAUUUUAUUGGCAGAUGGAAACUCUGUCGUCGUCGUCGAGUGGGACCAGUUGCGAUUGUUCCCGCAACAAGACUAAAUGUAUUUAAUUUGACUUAG